AAAAAACAAGAAAGUGAGAGGAAGCAAAAAUGUCAGAAUUUGCACUAGUUUAAAACAUUAAAAAUCUCAUUAUUUUGCAUCUCAGAUCUAUCUGACAACAAUAUAAAGAUCUUCUGCCGAAAAAUUCCAAACCCUUCUCUUAUCCAUUGCUCCCCCUGCUCUCUCUCAUACAGCAACAGCCUCUGCCACUAUCAAAUCUAUAUGGGUUUGUCCAGCUAAGGCUGUUGUUUGAAAGAUGACAUAUACGGAAGGUCCAAACGCAUUCAACCCAGAUUCAAGGUACACACAACCAGCACACCUCCAUAUUCUCUGAACUCACUUUAAAACUGCUGCUUUUUUGUCCCGGAACACAUUUCCCCUUCGUUUUGCCCAUACCCCUUUGGUCCUUUUUUCAGAUUUGUACUUAUUAAUGGUGUCUGGGUUUAGUGGGUAUAUAGUUUCAGGACCUGGGGUUGUGGGUUUGGAGCAUAAGCAGAAGCUGGACUUGAGAUUGGGUUUGGGUCUUUUUGUUAAUCUUGUUCUGGGUUUGAUGAAUUUCCUGAUUGCUGGGUCAUUUGGAUGAGAAAUGUAAGGUUAUGAUAUCAAUCUAUUUCAUGAAAAUGGUUAAACCCUGUUGGAAGCCGUCCGUAGAAGGUGAUGGAACUCGCGGAAAAGGAGAUUCCAGUGGUCGAGUUGAUGGGUUGUUGUGGUAUAAGGACCUGGGCCAACAUAUUAACGGUGAAUUCUCAAUGGCUGUGAUUCAGGCCAAUAGUUUGUUGGAGGACCAAAGCCAGCUCGAGUCCGGGCCCUUGAGUUUCCUGGAUUCGGGGCCUUAUGGGACCUUCAUUGGUGUAUAUGACGGACAUGGAGGGCCAGAGGCUUCCCGCUUUGUUAAUGAAAACCUCUUCCCCAAUCUUAAGAAAUUUGCAACCGAGCAUCAAGAGAUAUCGGAAAGUGUUAUUAGAAAAGCUUUCUCAGCAACAGAAGAGGGUUUUCUCUCACUUGUGAAGAAGCAGUGGCUCACUAAGCCACAGAUUGCAUCUGUGGGAUCAUGUUGUUUGGCAGGAAUCAUAUGCAAUGGACUGCUAUAUAUUGCAAAUGUUGGAGAUUCCCGGGCUGUGCUUGGGAGGGCAGAAAGGGCCAGCAGAGAAGUCACAGCUAUUCAGUUAUCAACAGAGCACAAUGCUAGCAUUGAAUCUGUGAGGGAAGAACUUCGGUCAUUACACCCCCAUGAUAAACAUAUUGUGGUCUUAAGACACAAGGUUUGGCGUGUGAAGGGACUCAUACAGGUUUCAAGAUCCAUAGGUGACGCAUAUCUUAAGAAGGCAGAGUUCAACAGAGAGCCUCUCCUGUCCAGGUUUAGAUUGCCUCAACCCUUCAUCGAGCCUAUCCUUAGCUCAGAACCAUCAAUAUCUGUACACAAAAUCCGGCCUGAAGACCAGUUUAUCAUAUUUGCUUCUGAUGGCCUGUGGGAGCAUCUUAGCAACCAGGAGGCGGUCAACAUUGUCAACAAUUACCCACGUAAUGGAAUUGCCCGGAAACUUGUCAAAACUGCACUUCAAGAAGCAGCAAAGAAAAGAGAAAUGAGGUACUCUGACCUGAAAAAGAUAGACAGAGGGGUGAGGAGACAUUUUCACGAUGAUAUCACGGUGGUAGUUGUGUUUCUUGAUCCCCUUCUGAUCAAAAGGAGCUCCUCCAGCGGUUGCCCGUUCUCGAUAAAAGGAGGUGUUAAGGCCCCCGCCCCUGCUGCUGAGGUAUAGUCCUCAAUAUUGUCCAUUUUCGUCUCUCAAAACCCUUCCAUUUUUUCUGAUUGAAAAAAAAAAAAGAGGGACAGAAUCCUUUUCAGCUUGUCAGAGUAGCUGGCUGGCUUUCCUAUCUCGAGUGACAGGUUGAUUUCUGAGGCGGAAGAGAUUUGAAAAGAAGGGUUCUUCACUGGAAAUUUUGUGUUGCUGGCUCAAGAAGAAACUGGGAAGGCCCCCAGUUGAAUGACGAUGGGAAAAUUACCACCAAUAUCUCAUGUCAAGAACCGAUAUUGUGAAAUACAAGACUUGAAUUUGCAUGCAUUCAUUCAGUUAAGUUAAGCUGAAAUUGCAAACAUCUUAGCCUUGUAGAUAGGAGUAUUUCAAUUACCAGGCUAUAUAUUUAUUAUUUGUUGUUAAGGUUUUUUUUUCCCUCUAAAGUAAGGAUGAAGUGAGCAGUGUUGAGACGAGUAA